AUGAAUUUGUUAAAUGUGUAAAAGAUGUAUUUAUUAAGAUUUCUGCAAGUAAAUCAUUUGCUUAUGUAGUAUUAUGAAAAUUCUGUUAGUCAAAAGUAUUAAAAAAGAGCAAAGUCAAUAUGAAUAAAACAAGUAUGACAUAUUGUCCGUUAAAUGUAACAUUUGAUGAAAUUUGGAUUAAUCAUGGACUUUCCAAAUGUUUUAUGGAUACUAUUAGUUCUUCUAUAAUAGCUCUAUAUUUAUUAAUAUUUGGUACAAUUCAAUUAUGGAUGUAUCAACGAUAUGGUACUGAAAUAGACUUUCGUACAUUACCAAGAAGUAAAUUAUAUAUAUUACAAAAGUUAUUUCUAUAUAUUAUUCCAUUGCUCAGUCUCCUACGAAUUAUAUUACAAGCAACAAUUUUAGAUGACAAACAAGUAUAUGGUUACAUGAUUCUUACAACAAGCGUAACAGUAAUAAUAUAUCCUUACUCAGUUUAUAUAUUGAGUAUAGAGAGACAUAAAUUAUUACCGAGUGUCCCACCUCGUGGUCAUGGUAUUGUUUUACUUGGAUUUUGGACACUUGCAUUUAUUGCAGAAAAUCUUGUUUUUAUCAAUAUUUGGAAAUGGGAAUGGUGGUUUAAAUUGGAUACACUAUCUGAUAAAAUAGAAAUGAUACUAUUUAUCUCAAGAUAUUGCAGUAAUCUUAUAAUCUUCAGUCUUGGAUUACAUGCACCUGGAAUUAUUGGUAAUUCACCAAGUAGUUAUUAUAAUUUUAAUGAUGGAUCCAAUGUACGAUCAAGAUUUGAAAGGCAACCAAAUGGAAAUGUUUCAACAUGGAAAAAUGGAUGGUAUAAGAUAAAAACUCUGGCGCCCUUUCUUUGGCCAAAAACAAGUCUUUUACUUCAGCUCAGAGUGAUAAUUUGUUUUGCAUUACUUAUUAUGGGCAGAAUAAUUAAUCUUUAUGUUCCUAUUUAUAAUAAAAAAAUUGUAAAUAGUGUGACUGAUACUCCAGGACAAUUCAGAUGGGAUUUGGUUUUAAUUUAUGUUGGAUUCAAAUUUCUUCAAGGAGGUGGUACUGGAGGUAUGGGCCUAUUAAACAAUUUAAGAUCAUUUUUGUGGAUUCGUAUUCAACAGUAUACGACUCGUGAGGUGGAAAUAGAGCUAUUUCGACAUUUGCAUAGUUUAUCUUUGCGGUGGCAUCUUAGUCGUAAAACUGGAGAAGUACUUCGAGUAAUGGAUCGCGGCACUGAUUCUAUUAAUAAUUUAUUGAGCUAUAUUCUUUUUUCCAUAAUACCAACAAUUGUAGAUAUUGUUGUAGCAGUAAUAUUUUUUAUUAGUGCAUUUAACAAAUGGUUUGGAUUAAUUGUCUUUUUAACAAUGGUUUUAUAUAUUGUUGCUACUAUAAAUGUAACCGAGUGGCGUACAAAAUUUCAAAGACGUAUGAACUUAGCCGAUAAUGCUCAAAAGGCACGAAGUGUUGACAGUUUAAUAAACUUUGAAACUGUAAAGUAUUAUGGAGCUGAAGCAUAUGAAAUUGAUUGUUAUAGAAAAGUAAUAUUAAAAUAUCAAAAUGAAGAAUGGAAGUCCAUGAUAAUUUUAAAUAUUUUGAAUACAUUGCAAAAUAUAAUUGUCAGCUGUGGACUUCUUACAGGAUCUUUAUUGUGUCUUCAUUUAGUUAUAAACAAUGAAGGAUUAACUAUUGGUGACUACGUUUUAUUCGCAAGUUAUAUUAUUCAACUUUAUGUUCCAUUAAAUUGGUUUGGAACAUAUUAUAGAGCUAUACAAAAGAACUUUAUCGAUAUGGAAAACAUGUUUGAUCUACUCCAUGAACAACCCGAAGUUUUAGAUACGUCAGGUGCUGAACCAUUAAUAAUUAAUAAUGGUCAAAUUGAAUUUUCAAAUGUUUCAUUUGGAUAUAUACCAGAAAAGAUAAUACUAAAAAAUAUUAGUUUUAUUGCUCCCCCUGGCAAAACCGUCGCUCUCGUAGGACCUUCGGGUGCAGGAAAAUCAACGAUAAUGCGUUUACUCUUUAGAUUCUAUGAUAUCGAUGAAGGUGCCAUUAGUAUAGAUGGACAAAAUAUAAAAACUGUUAAUCAGGAUUCUUUACGAAAAGCCAUCGGGGUAGUUCCUCAAGAUACUGUAUUAUUUAAUAAUACAAUAAAAUUUAAUAUUCAAUAUGGAAACAUUGAUGCUCCAGAAGCUGACAUUAUAAAAGCAGCAAAAUAUGCUGAUAUUCAUGAACGAAUUCUUACAUUUCCAGAAGGGUAUGAAACACAGGUUGGAGAACGAGGCUUAAGACUUAGUGGUGGAGAAAAACAGAGAAUAGCUAUUGCCCGAACGUUUCUAAAACUCCCAAAGAUUGUUUUAUUAGAUGAAGCUACUAGUGCCUUGGAUACUCAAACAGAACGUAAUAUACAAGCAGCACUUAAUCGUGUAUGUGGGAGUCGCACGUCGCUAAUUAUAGCACACAGGUUGUCAACCAUUGUUCAUGCUGAUGAGAUUUUAGUACUGAAAGAGGGUGAGAUAAUUGAACGAGGCAAACACGAGGAUCUGAUAUCGCAGAAUGGUGUAUAUUACAAUAUGUGGGAGUCACAGCUUAAAAGUGAACAAGAAGCCACUAGCAAUUUGAAAUAUUCUUUAGAAAACAAUACGAAUUAAAUAUUUUUAUGAGGAGG